CCUGCAGAGGGGCAGGCAGCGGCAGCGAGCCCGGGGAUGGUUUCCAUCGUUCUUGAGGUGACCUGCAGCUUUGUUGCCUGGCUGUUUCUGUACAUCUGCUUCCGCUACUGGAACAAGUGCUGCUCCUAUGAGUGGAGCUGUCGCUUGGUCACCCUGCUGCAUGGAGUGAUUGUCACCUGCCUCUCGGGUUACGUUGCUCUCUUGGAUGGCCCCUGGCCUCUGACCCAUGCAGGUUCACCAAACACGUCUCUUCAGAUCCACGUGCUGUCCCUGACCUUGGGUUACUUUAUCUUUGACCUGGGCUGGUGCCUAUAUUUCCAGACAGAGGGGUACCUAAUGCUGUUCCAUCACACGCUGAGCAUCUGUGGCAUGAUCGUGGUGCUAGGACUCGGGAAGUCUGCUACAGAAGUCAAUGCUGUUGUAUUUGUUAGUGAGAUCACCAACCCACUGCUCCAGACCCGCUGGUUUCUGCGGGAAAUGGGAUGUUACCACACUUUCCUGGGAGAGGUUGUGGAUUUCUUCUUUGUGUUCCUCUUCCUGGUGCUGCGAAUCGGAGGAGGAGCUUUGAUCAUGUAUGCAAUGGUGACAUCCCCCGAUCCCAGCUGGCUCCUCAAGGCUGGAGGCCUGGCCAUGUACACUGUGUCUUUGGGGUUCAUGGUUGAAAUCUGCCGCUUUGCUAAGAGGAAAAUGUUGAAAAAAUAUCAUUCCUGGACAAGCCUGAGGAAUAUGAAUGCACCUGUGAAAACUAACGGGCACUCGACAGCUCAUUAACAGGUUGUGGAUGAAAAUCCCUUGGGUUAGGGUCCUGGCUACUGAAGCCUAUUCCUGUGAAAAGAACUUCUAAAAGCAAUGUGGAAUUGACUUUCUGGCGCUGGCAGUGGUCUGCUACCCCUGGAGGAGAUGAAUCAGUGCUAGGAACAGGGGAAAACUGUCAGAAGAGGGGUUUAAGUGGAAAUCUGAGGAACCUGACAUGUUCUCUACUGAGCUGACUUCUCCAUCAAUGGUACAGUCUCAAGGAGGGUGAUAAUGCCAGACCUGUUCAAUCUGCAACCAAAUAAUUGCACUGUCUGUAUGUUCCGUAAUCAUUUUGGAGGUAGAAUUAUCUUACAGUGUAGAGCCAGAAAAUCAAAUCUGAAAAAUCGCAUCUUCCUGCCAGUGGGACUGGGUAGGGGUGCGACCGCACAAAGAUUUGCUGAGCCUCGCUCUCUCUUAAUCCUGGAGUUGGACAGCACGCCUGACUAAGUACUUGGAUGAAAGUCUCUGAACAAGAUUCAAGUGCUUGCAGGGGUAUGGUGGAGUUGUCCUUUGAGUGUGCGAAGUGAUGGCACUUGAGGUGAGGCAGUGUUUUACCUCAUUGUUUUUAAUGAUACAUUUCUUUUUUUUAAAUAUUUGCAUUCAAGCAGAUACUGAUCUUAGAGCAGGGUGAUGUCACUGGGAUUGAGUCAGGCCCUUGCAAACAACAGUCAGGAAUUAGACUUGUGCCAAUAAACUCCAUAAGCAGGUGUUCAGCUAGCCCUGGAUUGCUUUAAAAAAAAAAAUCGAGCAUUUUGUGGAUGAGGGAUGAUAGAAAAGAGCCCUCUCUGGAUGCUCUUUCUGUUCAGGGGUUGGGUCAUUUACACUUUAAGCUGAAUGCACAGCUAAUGAGUCUAAGAAAUGACUAUAUUUGCAGGGGUGACAGUAACGUUUAGGCAGAUCUCAGUGUAACAUCUGCUCCAUUCCAGCAGGUGUCAGAGUAUGGACCAGUUCUCUUGUUUUCUUUACCUCUCAGAAUUGUGUUCUGACAUUUCUCCUGGGGUUUUAAUGUGAAUUUCCCUCUGUUUAAGGCUGCAGUUCAGAUGUACCCUUCCAUGAAAGCCUCUCUUACAGCUGAGAAACAAGCAGCCUUGUGUUGCCCUCAGGCUUAGCAAGGCUGCUUGCCUUUCCUUCCUGCUUUAUGCAGAGGAGCUUCUUCAUGGAGCUGAGGAGCCCCUGGAACGGCCUGUGUGGCUCUUGCUCGGGUGAGGUGUCACCCCUGCUGCGGAGGUGAAGGAGGGGAGCAGUGGGAAUACAGCUGCUGUGAGGAUGCAGCCUUACUAGCUCCCCCAUGCCUCUUAUCUCACUAACUUUGGCACCGUUCAGGGCAGAUAUCUGCCUUGGCUGGGCUUAGGAAAAGGUGUCUAGAGAGAUUAAAAAACCGACAUGAAAUAACCUAACUUUUGGCAUGCCCUCUGAAUGCAUUGCAGCUGUGAAUCCGAGGCAAGUUAGCAGGCUGAUACGUUUAGAAAAACGGAGCCUUACACUCCUGAUACCUUGCCAGCACGGCUCUGGGAGCCUGGCCUUGUGAGCUAUGAACUCUUGCCGGAGUCACUGUGCUCUUCUGAGAACUGCCGAGUGAUGAGACUUCUAAUAAAGUUAUAUUCUCUUUU